AUGAAUAAAAUAAAUACAAACAUUUUAGACAAUUUUGAAAAAUUAAUAAAACUUGAAAAUAUAUAUGAAAAUAAAGAAAUAGAAUUAUGUUAUGAACAUUUAAAUAAAGAUGAAUUAGUUGAAAAAGGUAUUUUGUUGAGUAACUUAACUAUUAAAACUGCUACAAAGUAUAGUGACAACAAAAAUUCAUAUGUUCUGAAAUUAGUAAAAAAAAAAAGAAAUAUUGAUACCAAUGAUUUAAGCGAUGAUGAAAAUUUAGACAAUUUUAAUAACAAUUUAUUUAGCAAAGGUAGUAUAGUACACUUUUCAAAAAAGAGAAAGAAAUAUAUAUUAAGCAAAGAAAAAAAUAUAAAUAGUUCUAUGAUAUCUGAUAUUGUAAAUAUAUAUGUAUGUACUGUUCAUAAAAUUAAGAAAAAUCAAAUUAGUAUAUUAAUUAGAAAUAUCAAUGAUUUAUGUAAAGAAUUAAGCGUAAGUAACACAUAUUUAUUAAGUGACAAAAGUUACUUUGAUGUUUGCCUAGUUAAUAGUGAAAUAUCUGUUCAAAGACAGCUUCAUGCUAUUAAUCUAAUGAAGAACAAUUUACAAAAUCCAUCAGAUAUUUUGAAAAUUUUAUUUAUGGAUAAAUGCCCAACUCAAAGUCCAUUUUUGAAAGAGAUUUUAAAUAUCUUCGAUAAAUAUGAAAAGAAUGAAGGAAAACAAAAUGAAUUAGAUGGAGGGGAAAAAAAGGUUGAUAAAAUGAAGUGUAAUUCAGAUAAAGACUUAAAAAUUUGUUUAAAUGAAAAGAGAGAAAAUGAAUCAAAUGAUAAAAUAGAAAUUUGCUUGACUGAGAAAACUAAUAGAAAUGACGAUUUUACAGUAAAAGAAGAUAUUGAAAAUAUACAAAAUUAUAUAUAUAAAUGUGAUAAAAUGGAAUGGGGUAAUAAAAAUUUAAAUAAUAGCCAAAAAAAAGCAGUAUACUUUUGUUUAUAUUCUAACAAUAUUUUUUGUAUUCACGGGCCCCCAGGUACAGGUAAAACAACCGUAUUAUGUGAAGUUAUUUUUCAAUUGAUUAAAAAAAAUUUUAAAAUGUUAGUAACUGGCCCAAGUAAUGUUUCAGUAGAUAAUAUUUUAGAUAAAUGUAUUAAGAUGAAUAUUAAGAAUGUUGUUAGAAUUGGUUUAAAAUCUAAAAUAAAAAAAGAGCUGUGGAAUUAUAGUUAUGAUGAAAAAAUAAAAGAAUGUGAUAGCUAUAAGCUAUGUGAAGAUAUUGAUAAAGAUAUUGAAAAACUAAAAUUAGAGAUUGCAAAAUUAAAAAGUAAAAAAAAAUCAGAAAAAAGUAUAUAUGAUAGAAAAUGCAUAACGAAUCUAAAAUAUGAGAUAAGAUUAUUAAAUAAAAGUCGUAAAAAAAAAAGAAAUGUUUUUUUUAAUGAACUGAUGAAUAAAAAUAAUGUUUUAAUCACCACAUGUUCUAGUAGUUCUAAUUACGAAUUAAAUAAAUUUGUUAAAUAUUCUAAUUUUUUAUUUGAUGCAGUAUUUAUUGAUGAAUGCUGUCAGUGUACAGAGCCUUUGUGUUAUAUACCUAUUUCUUUUUCAAAAAAAAAUGUUUUUUUAUUUGGAGAUCAUAAGCAAUUAUCUCCAUUAAUAAAAUAUGAUAAGCAUAAUAACAAAUUGAAUAUAACAUUAUUCGAGAGAUUAAUUAAAAAAUACCAAAAUAAGAUUUCUUUUAUAUUAAAUAUACAAUAUAGAAUGAAUGAUCUUAUUUUAAAAUGGUCGAAUAAAAUAUUUUAUGAUAAUAAAUUAAUUUCUGAUGAUUCAUGUAAGUGUAUAACUGUAGGUGAUCUUACAUCUAACACUAAUGAGAAAAAAAAAGAAGUUAAUAAAGAAAAUAAUAAAAAAAAUAAUAAAAAAAAUAGUAAACAAAGGAAAGACAAAAAGAUGGAUAUUAUAAUAAAUAAAAAUACUAAUGAUAUGAUAAAAAAUUACUCUUUUUGCCCCAUUACAUGGAUAGAAACGGAUGGAUUUGAUGAAUUUCUAGAUGAUACUAAUGAUUUAGAUAUGAUAAAUUCAGAAAUAAAGGAAAAAAAGAAUCAACAAAUUAAUGAUCAGUCAAAAAGUGUUCCCGAAAAAAUAGAACAAGAGAAUAAAAAGAAACAUAAAAAGGAGUAUGAAACAAAUGAAGAAAAUCCUAAAUCAAAUUGUAAGUCUAAAUUUGAAAAAAAUAUAGAAAACUCUUAUAAAAGCAACGAUGAUGUCAAUAAUGAUAAUAAGAAAGGUGAUGUUGAUAAUAUAGUCAAGUCUGACGAAGACAAUUUAAAGAAAAAGUAUAAUAAUGAUUAUUUUAAUAGUAAUUAUAGUGAAGAAUCAAAUGAAUUUAAUUCAUUAAAAAAUUUGAAAGAUAAUGAAUUAACUGAUAUUGUAAAAAUAGAUAUUGAUGAUAUUAUAAAUUUAAAUAAUAAAUCGCGUAGUAACAGUGGUGAAGCAUAUAUUAUAUAUAAAUUAAUAGAACGAAUGGUUAAAAUAAAUAAUAUAAAUACUAAUUAUAUAUGUGUUAUAACACCAUAUUCAAAACAAAUGAAUUUAUUAAGAAGUAUAUUUUAUGAUAAUUUUUAUGAAGAUAAAAAUUAUAGUAAUGUUUAUAAAAACAUUGAAAUAUCAACUGUAGAUUCCUUCCAAGGAAGAGAAAAAGAAAUUGUUAUAUUCUCUUUAGUAUGUUCGAAUUAUUUUAAAAAUAUAGGUUUUUUAAAAGAUUACAGAAGAUUAAAUGUUGCAAUUACAAGAGCAAAAAGGCACGUUGUUGUAAUAGGUAACUCAGAUACUAUAUCUAAUGAUACUGUAUUGAAUGAAUUAUAUGAAACUAUAUUAAAUUAUGGAAAGGUUUAUUUAGUUAAUGAAAUUAUUGAUAUAGAAGAAAUGAUUAUAAACAAUUAA